AUGUCAGACACCAGAGCAACGCCCUCCUCCCCCGAGAUCGACAAACCGGCCGUCAAUGCCGUCGAGCUGGUCCCUCCUCCAGCCCUCGCAGCCCUCAGCGAGGCUGAAUACGCCUGUCUCGCAAGGCGCGCGACGCUGAAGCUGGACCUGAUCAUCAUGCCGUGCGUUGUCAUCAUGUACAUCCUCAACUACCUCGAUCGACAGAACAUCGCUUCCGCCAAGCUGGCCAGCAUCCAGCAGGAUCUGCGUCUGACGGACGUGCAGUACCAGACGUGCAUCAGCUUGCUGUUUGUGGGAUACAUCCUCAUGCAAGUCCCCUCCAACAUGAUCGCCGGCAAGACGCGAUAUCCAGGCGUGUACAUCUGCGGCGCCAUGUGUCUGUGGGGGCUGAUCUCGGCCUGCACAGCGGCCGUCCGCGACUUCACCGGGCUGGUGCUGUCGCGCUUCUUCCUGGGCUUCGUCGAGGCGGCCUUCUUCCCCGGCGCGCUGUUCUAUCUCUCGCUGUUCUACAGCCGCAAGCAGUUCGCCUUUCGGACGGCCAUCCUGUAUGCCGGGUCGCAGCUGGGAAACGCGUUUGGCGGGUUGUUUGCCAUUGCGAUUCUGAAGCUGGAUGGGACGCACGGGUUGGAGGGAUGGCGGUGGCUCUUCCUGGUCGAAGGCGUAGCCACGAUCGGCUUCGCCGCCCUCUUCGCCGUCAUCCUGCCCAACGGGCUGCACAGUAUCCGGGGGUUCACCACGCUGGAGCGCGAAUGGCUGCAGUGGAACUUUGGGCAGGACCAGGGCCAGCAGGACAAUGCGGACGAGAUCUCAGCCUGGAAGGGACUGGUCAUGGCGGUGCAGGACCCGAAGACAUGGCUUCUGAUGGCGAUUCUGUGGAGUACUUAUGUCGCGGCUGCGGUCACAAACUGGUUUCCUUCUGUCGUCGCGACGCUGGGAUAUUCGAGGAACACGACGUAUGUGCUUACGGCGCCUCCGUAUCUCCUCUGCGUGGUAGCGAUGAUGAUCAACGGAUUCCACUCUGAUAUUAAACGAGAACGCUUCCUCCACAUCGCGUGUCCACUCGUCAUCACGCUCGUGGCGAACAUCAUCGCCGUGUCGUCGCUGAAUACAGCUGCACGAUGUACGCCCCCAAGACAUUACGUCGCCAUGAUGCUCAUGCCAGGCUCGUUCUACGCCUCGUCCAUCGUCAUCCUGUCCUGGAUCACCGGGUCGCUGGCACAGCCGACCGCCAAGCGGGCGGCGGCCAUUGCCCUGAUCAACGCGGUGUGCAACACGCCGAACAUCUGGACGUCAUACCUCUACUACUCCCCACCACGGUAUCUGGCCGCCUUCCUGGUCAAUCUCGCUGCGGCAUCGCUGGCUAUUGCCUUCACGGUAGUGACGUGGCUGUAUCUGCGGCGGCAAAACGCGAAGCUGGACCAGGGUCUCGACGUGGGGAAGAAUGGGCCGACGGCGGCGCAGCUGGCGGCGGGAUUCCGGUAUAUUCUGUAG